UGUCGAUCAAAAGAUAUUUACACGAGCGAGUUCAGAUUUCAUUAAGUGCGAGUACGGGAAAUGGAUUUGGUUGCGGCCUCAUGGUGCAAACAGUUUAACGUUAUCAGUUUUUUACUACUUCUUCAAUCUGCCACAACUCUUUCUCUUUCCUGUCCCGCAAAGUGUGAAUGUACUAAUUUUAGGGACGCUUCAUUCGUGGAGUGCUACAACGUCUCAACUUUGAAAACCAUACCUUCUGGCAUCCCAGCAAAUGCACGCACACUAGUAUUCCAACAUACCCAGAUAUCAAAGAUUCAGCAGAAUGCCUUUCAAGGAUUGCCUCAUGUCAUUGAAAUAGAAAUACAGUUCAACCCAUUAACAACAAUAGAGAGGAACGCUUUCCAAGGCCUUACAAAGCUUAAUGAGCUAGUUUUAAAAGGGAACAAUAUAAACCUCCUUUACAGAGAUUCUUUCCGAGGAAUCCCUCAAAUAAGAAAAAUUUUUCUUUCCAAAAACAACUUGCAAACGCUUCCAGAAGGAUUAUUCGACAAUACAACUAACCUGGAAUUAUUGAGACUUGGUAACAACAAAAUCACUUCGAUACCUUCCACUCUCUUGGCAAGACAUCGGCAGUUAGCAGAUUUGGAAUUGCAGAAUAAUCAGCUUUCUGAGUUUCCUUUGGAACUUCUGAAGAACUUAACUAAUUUAUCGAUUCUUCUUUUGGAUAACAAUCUUUUCACCACGAUCCCGUAUGAAGCCAAAGAAGUACUCGAUAAAAUAGCCCAGAAACAGCAUUCAACCAUAGGGCUUUCCCGUAAUCCACUGAUGUGCACCCAGGAACUUAAAUGGCUUCAGACCUGGAUUAAACUCCAUCCGUCGGUCGUAGAAGUGGACAAGGUCAUGUGUCAAACACCUUUUGGUAACUGGAGCAAAGUGGUUACUUUUAAUUUUAGUCUCUUAGAAACGAAUUUGUGGCCGACACCUGGCAAAAUAAACGAACAUAUGACUUCGCCUACGCCGUCAUUACAAACCACAUAUACGUCAGCAUUCAUCGAAUUACCUGUUACGUCAUCAGCUGCAUCACUGGCCUCGGCUGUAGUCACGUCAUCAAUUCCAUCAUCGCCUACGUCAUCACCGUCACUAACAACGUCAUCAGUUACAUCAUCAGGUAAAUCAAACACCAUUACACCUACUUCUUCGUCUACAUCAAACUCUGCAUCAUCAACAGCAGUCGUCACCAGCCCUCCGGAAACAACAGAAACACCAAAUACUUCUAAGAAGACUGAUGACGUGACCACAAUUUUUACGACUCUAGAAAGUACGGAAAAGAGUAUUCCACCGGAAACGUCUGACACCGUGACCGCGGGCUCAAAGGUCGACGUUUCCACAACGUCAAUCGAAAAAGAGAGUGCUUCAAAAGGAAAGUAUUUAAGCAGGAAUCAACAAGUAAUCCUCUCAGCGUCCCUUGUCAGCGUAUGUCUGAUUGCAACAGUUGCUUUGGCGAUGUAUUUUUUCAGGAAAAAAGUGAUACUUCGUCAGAAAACAAUCAAUGCAAGACUUCCUGGGAUGAUGUACGACCGUGUGAAUACAGUCAGUGUAGUAGAAUGAAGAAUGAGAAGUGUUGUGAAUCACGAAGUGAUUACUAGUUUCAGCGCCUGGUUUAGAAAUGCAUCGGAUUAAGCUGAGGAUUUCAUCCAAAGAUAGAAUAGAAAGAUCAAACUUGGCCGAACCUGCUACAGCUGAUAAACUCGAAGAGUGGGAGAAAGAGAAAUUCUCUAAAGCGAAAUGCUAAACAGGGCACGGUCCAGUGAAAUCGAAACAAAAACAUUGAGAGAGUUCAAGUUACAACUUUCACGUCGUCCGACGAGCAGAUGUUGCGUUAUCAUGAUUUGUUGCGUAGAGCAUCGUGGUACUGAACGAACACAAACCGCCCCCAAAUGGGUGUUCAUUGGGUAUUUUUAAAAAUCAUGAAAUUUCUGAAGCCAUUUUCAUAACAGUUACAGCCCUAGAUGCGAGAUUCUUAUUCAUUUUUUAUUGUUUUUUUUUUCAAUCCCAAGAUAGUUUAGAGAUAUUAUUUAAAAAAGUUUUGAGACAAACUGUAUGUUAUACAUACUAAUGAGAGCUUCAAUAAAAAUCUAAUUGGCCCUUAAUUUGAUAAGGGUUUGUUAAUAUA